AUGGCUGAGUCCGGCCAGUGGAAGGAGUCGAUCUCUCUCGAGGAGACCAACAAGAUCCGCGUCUCGCUCGGCCUCAAGCCCAUCGCCGACCCGACCACCUCUGCCGGCGCCGACGCCCGCCUCGACGGCGACGCGCUCGCCGAGGACAACUACGCCAAGCAGCGCGACGCCGAGCAGAAGGACAAGGACGCCCAGGCGCUCAAGGACCGCCUCGACCGCGCCCGCAACCAGAAGGACCGCCAGCGCAAGCUCGUCGGGCGCGGCCUCGGCGACGCCGCCGACGACGCGGCGCGCGUCAAGCGCGAGGACGACGCGCCCGAGGGCGAGGACAGCCGGGCGUGGGUCAAGCGGCAGAAGAAGCGCGCCAAGGAGCUCGCGGCCAAGCGGGCGCGCGAGGAGGCCGAGGCGGACCGGCUCGCCGAGGAGGAGGAGCGCGGGCGAGGGAGCAAGUACGGCGAGGACGACCUCGCCGGGCUCAAGGUCGCGCACGGCGCCGAUGCGUUCGAGGAGGGCGAGGACGUCGUGUUGACGCUCAAGGACUCGCGCGUGCUCGACGACGAGGACGACGAGCUGCACAACGUCAACCUCGCCGAGAACGCCAAGACCAAGCACGCCCUCGAGCAGAAGAAGAAGGGCUCGCAGAACUACGGCCGGUACGACGACGAGGAGUUCGAGGGCGAGCCCGGCUCGUCUCGAGGCGUCCUCAGCAAGUACGACGAGGGCUUCGACGCGCAGCAGGUCGACGGCUUCCGCCUCGGAGCGAGCGCGGCGUCGGCCAAGGGCAAGGGUCGAGCCGUCGACGGCGCAGGACGCGACGACGGCGGCGAGCGCGAGAAGAUCAAGCUCUCGAUGGACUACACCAAGUCUUUCAACACCGACUACCUGCAGGAGGGCGAGCCCGGGUUCAAGAAGCCCAAGGUGCGUCCCCAGUCCCUCUCGAACGCGGCGCAGGCGAUGGACGUCGACGGCGCUCCCGCAGCUCCUCGGCAAAUCGAGCGCGUGUCGCUCGACGAGUCGAACCUGAUCGACGACGACGACCUGCAAGCCGCGCUCGCGCGACAGCGUCGCGACGUCGCCAAGCAGAAGAUCAAGGAGAUGAAGGCGCGUGCAGCAGCAGCGCCGGCGCCAGCGGCCGAGGUCGAGGACGACGCGGUCGUCAAGAAGGAGGACGAGGACGGCGACGCGCUCACGUCCCUGUCGCGAGCGGCGCGCCCGACCGAGGAGGAGGACGACGAGGGCGACGUCCUCGUCCUCGACGACACGUCCGAGUUCGUCCGCAACAUCUCGCUCGCGGCGACGGCGGCGCAGGAACGCGCGCAGCGCGACGCCGACAAGCAGGAGCGCGUCAAGCGCGAGGAGUCGGCGGCCGCCGCAGCCGCAGCCGGCGCGGCGUCGGUCGCACCGCGGGUCAAGGCCGAGGAGGAGGACGUCCCGCUCUCCGAGCUCGACGCGGCGGCGCCGACGACGAGCGGGUUGGGCCCUGUGCGCGAGGACGGCGACGAGGACGCGCAGAUGCGGGACGGCGAGGUCGACGAGGCCGCGAUCGCGAACGGCGCGGUCGAGGCGGCCGACGUCAAGCCCGACGUCCCGCAUGUCGGCGACGACGACGACUCGUUCGCUACGACCGGCGGCGAGCAGCUCGUCUCGCGUGGCCUCGCGUCGACGCUGUCGCUGCUGCGGCACCAGGGCCUCGUCAAGCCGCGCACGCCCGAGGAGAUCGCGCGCGAGAAGGAGUUCAAGGAGCGCGAGGCGUGGCUCGCGUCGCAGCGUCGGCGGGCCGAGGAGCGCGAGCGCGAGCGCAUCGAGAGUCGCCUCGCCGGCGACAAGAAGGACCAGCAGCAGCGCGAGUACGAGAACCGCAUGCGCGAGCAGCGCGACGCUCAAGCCUCGCUCCAGGCGUUCGCCAACUACAAGCCCGUCGUCAACCUCACGUACCACGACGAGUUCGGCCGAGACUUGACGCCCAAGGAGGCCUGGAAGCAGCUCAACUACGACUUCCACGGGCACGGCUCGGGCGCCAAGAAGACGGACAAGCGCCUCAAGAAGAUCGAGAACGAGAAGAAGCAGGAGGCGAUGGCGGCCGGCGACACGCCGCUCUCGACCGCGGCGGCGUUCGCUGCUCGUGCCGAGAUGACGGGCUCGGCGACGAUGAUCCUCGGCGUCGGCAACAACAACUCGGCACCGGUGCAACGCGACACGCUCGGCGGCGUCUCGCGCAUCGAGAAGGCGGCCCGAGGCAAGGGCAAGCCCGUCGUCUCGCCCGGGCCCUCGGCUCGCAACGGCAACGGCGGCGGCCCGUCGUCCGUCUUUUCCGACAUCCCGAUGCGCUCGCUCCCGCUCCCCGAGGCGAGCGGGUCUCGCGGCGCGAGCGGCACGCCC